CAGCGUCCUGAUUUCUGAUUGGUCAGUAGAUGUUGCUCAUUCGUAAAAGCAAGCUAUGUUAUUAUCGGAAGUAAGCCAUAGGCGUAAAUGCUGCAUCGUUUUUAACGUUUUGAACGAUGGCGUAUGUUUCCAGCACAGUGCAGAAUUAAAAGCAUCAUGAGUCGCAGCAAGGAUGAAGAGAUGGACAAGUGAGAGACUCUCUCCAAACUCUGACCUCAGUUUAUGCUCAACCGGACAAAGCUGACCCUGAACUCAGCUGUGUUUCCUUCAGAUGUGACCGCUCCAUGGAGGAUGUCAUCAACUUCAAACAUCAACCUCUGUUUAACAAAAAAGUCAUUCGGUUUUCAGACCAGGAACCACAUCAAGUACCAGACCCAGAACCAUUUGAGGAACAUAGCUGUGUUAGGAGUCACAGGUCGAAGGCUGAACCACUGAGUUUUAAAUAUGGAAGCUGUCCUUCUGAAUUCAGGAUCCAGGAACAGCAGCAGCAUCAGCAGCAGCAGCAGCAGCAGCCUCAGCAGCAUCAGCAGCAGCAGCUUCCAAAUGACCUGGACUCUGUCUUCACGGUGCUUCAGCAGAAUAUCUGCAUGUUUGCCAAAAAUGAACUGAAACGGAUGCAGAAUGCUCUGUUUCUGGAUUACCCAGAAUACUGUGGUAAUCAGAGGGCGAUAGAGCAGGAGGGAGUUCUGGGCAGCUUGGAAGAGGAGCAGAGAAGGAGGAUGAGUCGAGACGCUUUCCUCAAGAUUGUCUUAGACUUCCUGAGGACCAUGAAAGAGGAGAAGCUUGCUGAGCGUCUGCAGAACAGAUCUCCUGCCAUGUGCCAGCCUACGUUCAAGUCCAACCUCAGAAGGAAGUUUCACUGGUUAUUUGAGGGUGUGGCUAAAGCAGGAAGCCCCACCCCUUUGAAUAAGAUCUUUACUGAACUUUAUAUUGCUGAGGGCGGGACAGAGGAGGUGAACAAGGAACACGAGAUCCGACAAAUUGAAAUAGCUUCAAGGAAACGAGACAGACCAGAAAGAACCGUCAGGCACGAGGAGAUCUUCAGUCCUCCGCCGGGAAGAGCAGCACCAAUCAGAACUGUGAUGACCAAGGGAGUUGCUGGUAUUGGGAAAACAGUUCUGACCCAGAAGUUCACCCUAGACUGGGCUGAAGACAAAACCAACCAAGACAUUGAGUUUACCUUUCCGUUCACCUUUAGGGAGCUAAAUGUACUGAAGGAGAAAAAGUUCAGUUUAGUGGACCUGAUCCACCAUUUCUUCACUGAAACCAGAGAAGCAGGAAUCUGCAGGUUUGAGGACUUCCAGGUGGUCUUCAUCUUUGACGGACUGGACGAGUGUCGACUCCCUCUGGACUUCCACAGCGCUGAGAUUCUGACUGAUGUCACCAAGUCCACCUCAGUGCAGGUGCUGCUGAUAAACCUCAUCAGGGGGAACCUGCUUCCAUCUGCCCGUCUUUGGAUCACCACAAGACCUGCAGCGGCCAGCCAGAUCCCUGCCAACUGUGUGGACGUGGUGACAGAGGUCAGAGGGUUCACCGACCCACAGAAGGUGGAGUACUUUUGGAAGAGGUUCACAGAUGAGGAGCAGGCCAACAGGAUCAUCACCCACAUCCAGACCUCACGGAGCCUCCACAUCAUGUGCCACAUCCCUGUUUUUUGCUGGAUCACUGCCACAGUUCUGGAGAACACAUUGAAGAGCAGAGACGGGGGAGAGUUGCCCAAGACCCUGACGGAGAUGUACAUCCACUUCCUAGUUGUUCAGUCUAAGCAGAAGAAGGUGAAGUACGAUGGAGGAGCUGAGACAGAUCCACACUGGACUCCAGAGAACAGGACCAUGACCGAAUCUCUAGGGAAACUGGCUUUUGAGCAGCUGCAGAAAGGAAACCUGAUCUUCUAUGAGUCCGAUCUGACAGAGUGUGGUAUCGAUGUCAGAGAGGCUUCCUGGUUCUCAGGAGUCUUCACAGAGGUCUUCAAAGAGGAGAAAGGACUGUACCGGGACACUGUCUUCUGCUUUGUCCAUCUGAGUGUUCAGGAGUUUCUGGCUGCUCUCUAUGUCCAUCUGACCUUCAUCACCUCUGGAGUCAAUCUUAUGUCAGAAGGACCAUCACAAGUUAAGAGGUCAAUGGCUUCCGGAGACAUACCUGACCUGAAACAUCUGCACCAGAGUGCUGUGGACCAGGCCUUAAUGAGUCCAAAUGGACACCUGGACUUGUUUCUCCGCUUCCUCCUGGGCCUUUCACUGGAGACCAAUCAGAAUCUGCUACAUGGACUGUUGAAACGUACAAAGAUCGAUUCAAAGAACUGUCAGGACACAGUUGAUUACCUUCAGGAAAGGAUCAGUGAGGACCAGACCACAGAAAGAACCAUCAACCUCUUCCACUGUCUGAAUGAACUGAACCACUCUUCUCUGGUGGAGGAGAUACAGAAGUACAUGGCGUCAGGACGUUUGUCCACUGACCAUGUGUCUCCAGCUCAGCUUUCAGCUCUUGUCUUCAUUUUACUAUCAUCAGAGAAGGACAUUGAUGUGUUCGACCUGAAGAAGUACUCUGCCUCUGAGGAGGCUUUUCUGAAGCUGCUGCCGGUGGCCAAGAACUCCAAGUCUGCAGAUCUGAGUGGCUGCAACCUGACCAGGGAAAGCUGUGAGGCUCUGUCCUCGGUUCUCAGCUCCAAGUCCUGCACUCUAAAAGAACUGGACCUGAGCAACAAUGACCUGCAGGACUCAGGGGUUGAGCUGCUUUGUGAAGGACUCAAGAGUUCCAACUGCAAACUGAGGACUUUGAGACUUUCAGGUUGUCUUCUAACUAAAGAUAGCUGCAUCUCUCUGGUCUCAGUUCUGAACUCUGAAAUGACUCAGCUGAGGAACCUGGAUCUGUGCUACAACUAUCUAGAAGAAUCAGGAGUGAAGAUGCUGUCCACCAAACUGAGGGACCCCCAGUGCCGACUUGACACUCUGAGGGUGGAGCCUGGAGGUCUUCCGUGGAUGACUCCUGGUUUCAGGAAGUAUUCCUGUGCACUCACCAUUGACGUCAACACGGUUUACCCAAAGAUCCUACUGUCAGACGACAGCAGGACUGCAACCCGUGUGGAGGAGGAGCAGCCGUACCCCGACCACGAGGACCGCUUCGACCACUGGCCUCAGCUGCUGUGUAAGGAGGCUGUUGUUGGUCGGUGUUACUGGGAGGUAGAGUGGCAAGGGAAGGUGUACGUCUCUAUUAGUUACAAAGGAGUGAGACGAAGAGGGGAUGGAGACGAGUGUGAGUUUGGGUGGAACCAGCAGUCAUGGAGCCUGAGGUGCUCUGAGGGCCACUACUACAUCUACCACAACAACAGACACACCUCCAUCUCCUCAGACUGUGUCUCCCACAGAGUGGCAGUUUACGUAGACCAACCAGGGGGGACAUUGUCCUUCUACAGGGUGUCCUUACAACAAUGGGUUCACCUCUACACUUUUAAGACCACCUUCACCGAACCUCUGUACCCAGGGUUCGCUGUGUGGUGGACUGGUUCUUCGGUGUCCCUAUGUCCACCUUCGGCUCCUGCUCCUUUGUAAAACUUAUUUAAGGCUUUUGUUUUUAUAUGUGUGUGUCAUAUGUACUGUAUGUGUAUUUUUAUAUGGAACCAUUUUAUUUUAUAUUAACUAUUUAUUGAGACUGAUCUGAUUGUAACUACAGAGUGACGUGUCAUUGUCCUUAAACACAUCUUUGUAACUGUAAACCAGAGGAUGAAGUUCACAUUCUUAAACCUUGGUUGUUGGUUGUUGUUUUUUUUUUGCUCCUUUAGUGUUUUAUUUUAAUUCUUUUUAAUUUCUUUAUUAAUUACAUUUGUAUUUAUAUUUCCUUUUUAUCUCUAUUCAUGCUAUAUUAUUGUCUUUAUUUA